AUGUCGAGCAAAGAUAUAUUUCAGACACAGUUAUCCCACAUUAUGGGGUUAUUAGUUGAAUCAACAGUUAGGGAGAUGGGGCGACUCCUCGACGUGUGUGCUGCUGUUUUGGAGAAUAAAGACAACCGUUUACUGAAGAGAGAAAUGGAGCGUGUGAAUACAACCAACAAAGUGAGUGAAGUUCAUCAUCAAACCAAUAAUCCGUGAUCAAACCAUAUAGAUAAAUAGAGGACUCAUUUGUAUAGCUCAGCUGGUAGAGCACGGCGCUUGUAACGCCAAGGUAGUGGGUUCGAUCCCCGGGACCACCCAUACGUAAAAAUGUAUGCACACAUGACUGUAAGUCGCUUUGGAUAAAAGCGUCUGCUAAAUGGCAUAUUAUAUUAUUAUAUUAUAUAUAUGUGCUAUUAUAGGUUCUGUGACAGCAUGGACAGCGCCAUUGAAGAGACAACCCAUAGGAAUCCCCACGCAGUUGACUACUUUAAAAUGGCGGAAGCCCUCAAUGUCGCUGCCCAUGCUAAAUCGGGCUUUUGGCUACUAGAGGCCUCUAUCAUUCUCUAUGAAUCAAAAUUUAUUGAAAAUUUGCUAGCUAACUUUAGCCUAGAACAGGGUUCUCCAACCUUGUUCCUGGGGCGCUACCAUCCUGUGGGUUUUCGCUCCAACCAUAAUCUAGCGCACCGGAUUCUCAGUUGAGUUACAACUGGGGUUGAAACGAAAACCUAGUGCCCUGGCAUAGAAUAUAUAUAUAUAUUUUUUAGAUGUUCUAGAAACCAGGCGGUCAGUGAGUGUUUAUUUUGAAUGGUCAGUGACGGUAUCAGUAAUUCAGGUAGUUCUUCUUAUUCAUCUUUCAGAUGAAGUUUGCGUCAUUCAUGGAAGUGUUGAGUAAAAGCUCGAUGGAGAAAAUAUCGUUACUCAUGACCGUGGACGAGAUGGAGGUGAGAGCGGUGGAGAACACUGGUGGAGAAGGAGCGAGCGGUGGAGAAGAAGUAAACUCGUUUAACCCAGAAGUAAAAUCUCGUGUAAUUAUUAUCUGUCCGGGAGAUGUUAGAGAAGCAGUUGCGACACAAAAAGGAGCAGUAAAGGGUGAGUGAUUUGUGGUUGUUUUUACAUGGAUUAUAAAUGUAUUGUUGUUGGAUGUUCCCAUAGAGAGAGUUAGAGGAUGCAACAUUGUAUCUGUCCCAUUAGUGUGUGUGAGAGCAUGGGAAGCACAUAGAGAAUUAUAGAGAUAUCGCUUUGCCUUCAGAAAGUAUUCGCACUCCUUGACUUUAUCCACAUUUUAUUGUUACAGCCUGAAUUUAAAGAUGCACUAUGCAGAAACCGCUCCGCCAUUUACUGUUUGUUAAAAUUCGAAUUGUUCGCUUAAUUUCAGUUUGUGACAAAACAAGCAAGUAUAUUGUAGAGAAUCAUUGUACCAUCUAAAAUAUUGUAUAUUCCGAAAGUAUAAGACACAAAAAACAGAACAUAAGAAUGGGAAGCAUAGAAAUAGUGCACAAAGAACAGAUCUACCGCUUCUUAGAUGUGCUUUAAAUGAGUGACUGAUCUAUACUGAACAAAAAUAUAAACAUAUCAUUUAAAGUGUUGGUCCCAUGUUUCAUGAGCUAAAAUAAAAGAUCCCAGACAUUUUCCAUACGCACAAAACGCUUAUUUCCUGUAGCACUAACUCCAAAAACUUUUGGGACACUGUAAAGUCCAUGGAGAAUAAGAGCACUUCCUCCCAGCUGCCCACUGCACUGAGGCUAGGAAACACUAUCACCACCGAUAAAUCUACAAUAAUCGAGAAUUUCAACAAGCAUUUUGCUACGGCUGGCCAUGCUUUCCACCUGGCUACCACUACCCCGGCCACCACUACCCCGGCCACCAACUCUGCACCCUCCACUGCAACUUGCCCAUGCCCCCCCCCCCCCCGCUUCUCCUUCACACAAAUUCAGACAGCUGAUGUUCUGAAAGAGCUGUAUAUGUGCUUUCUUGAGCAGGGGGACCUUGCGGGCGCUGCAGGAUUUCAGUCUUUCAUGGCGUAGUGUGUUACCAAUUGUUUUCUUGGUGACUAUGGUCCCAGCUGCCUUGAGAUCAUUGACAAGAUCCUCCUGUGUAGUUCUGGGCUGAUUCCUCACCGUUCUCAUGAUCAUUGCAACUCCACGAGGUGAGAUCUUGCAUGGAGGCCCAGGCCGAGGGAGAUUGACAGUUAUUUUGUGUUUCUUCCAUUUGCGAAUAAUCACACCAACUGUUGUCACGUUCUCACCAAGCUGCUUGGCGAUGGUCUUGUAGCCCAUUCCAUCCUUGUGUAGUUCUACAAUCUUGUCCCUGACAUCCUUGGAGAGCUCUUUGGUCUUGGCCAUGGUGGAGAGUUUGGAAUCUGAUUGAUUGAUUGCUUCUGUGGACAGGUGCUCCUAAUCUCAGUUGUUACCUGUAUAAAAGACACCUGGGAGCCAGAAAUCUUUCUGAUUGAGAGGGGGUCAAAUACUUAUUUCCCUAAUUUAAAAUGCAAAUCAAUUUAUAACAAUUUUGACAUGUUUUUCUGGAUUUUGUUGUUGUUAUUCUGUCUCUCACUGUUCAAAUAAACCUACCAUUAAAAUUAUAGACUGAUCAUUUGUUUGUCAGUAGGCAAACGUACAAAAUCAGCAGGGGAUCAAAUACUUUUUUUCCUCACUGUAACAGCCCGCUUGGAGUUUGCCAAAAGGCACCUAAAGGACUCUCAGACUAUGAGAAACAAGGUUCUCUAGUCUGAUGAAACCAAGAUUGAACUCUUUGACCUGAAUGCCAAGCGUCACGUCUGGAGGAAACCUGGCACCAUCCCUACGGUGAAGCAUGGUGGUGGUAGCAUCAUGCUGUGGGGAUGUUUUUCAGCGGCAGGGACUGGGAGACUAGUCAGGAUCUAGGGAAAGAUGAACAGUGCAAAAUACAGAGAUCCUUGAUGAAAACCUGCUCCAGAGCGCUCAGGACUUCAGACUGGAGCGAAGGUUCAACUUCCAACAGGACAACGACCCUAAGCACACAGCAAAGACAACACAGGAGUGGCUUCGGGAAAAGUCUCAAUGUCCUUGAGCGGCCCAGCCAGAGCCCAGACUUGAACCCAAUCGAAUAUCUCUGGAAAGACCUGAAAAUAGCUGUGCAGCGACGCUCCCCAUCCCACCUGACAGAGCUUGAGAGGAUCUGCAGAGAAGAAUGGGAGAAACUCCCCAAAUACAGGUGUGCCAAGCUUGUAUCGUCAUACCCAAGAAGACUCGAGGCUGUACUGUAAUCGCUGCCAAUGGUGCUUCAACAAAGUACUGAGUAAAUGGUCUGAAUACUUAUGUAAAUGUGAUAUUUCAUUAUUUAUUUUUUAUAAAUUUGCAAACAAUUCUAAACCUUGUUUUUACUUUGUCAUUAUCGGAUAUUGUGUGUAGAUUGUUGAGGGGGGGGAAACAAUUGUAAUCCAUUUUAGAAUAAGGCUGUAACGUAACAAAAUAUGGAAAAAGAGAAGGGGUCUGAAUACUUCCAGAAUGCACUGUAAUUGACAGUGUAAAGAAGGAAGCCGGUGCAGAAUACAAAUAUUAAAAAACAUGCAUCCUGUUUGCAACAAGGCACUAAAGUAAUACAGCAAAAAAUGUGGCAAAGCAAUUUACUUUUUGUCAUGAAUACAAAGUGAUAUGCGGUGGUGUAAAAAUACUGGAAAGUACUACUUAAGUCGUUUUUUUGGUCCAAUUCACACACUUACCAAUAGAACAUCCCUGGUCAUUCCUACUGCCUCACUAAACACACAUGCUUUGUUUGUAAAUGAUCUUGGAGUGUGCCUCUGGCUAUCCAUCAAUUGAAAAAAUAACUAUUGGGUACUUUUUCCAUCACUGGUGAUAUGUAUGGGGCAAAUAAAACACAUUACUGAGUUCCACACUUUUCAAGCAUAGUAGUGGCUGCAUCGUGUUUUAUGUAUGCUUGUAAUCGUUAAGGACUGGGGAGUUUCAAGAUGAAAAAUAAAAUAAAAAAACAAUGGAGCUAAGCACAGAAAAUUCUAGAGGAAAACCUGGUUGUCUGCUUUCCACCAGACACUUGGAGACAAAUUCAUAUUUUAGCAGGACAAUAACCUAAAACACAAGGCCAAAUAUACACUGGAGUUGCUUACCAAGAAGACUGAAUAUUCCUUAGUGGCAGAGUUACAAUUCUGACUUAAAUCUGCUUGAAAAUCUAUGGCAGGAAGUUACCGUGGUAACGCUACUCGAGUCAUGUUUGUGCCUCUGCGAUUGAGUGACUAGUAGCCGCGUUGUCUCUUCUGUAGCAGUUGAAACUUAAACAUUGAAAAACAACCUAGCCAGGCAGUGUUAUAGCAUGAGGUGGAAUAGGCUAUAGGAUUUGUAGUUUUUUUUGACUUUGCGAUUUUUAAUUGACCAGCUAUGAACCAAAACGGCAAAUACUUUUAAAAACAGCUACUGCAGCAUUUAUUUUGCUAUAAAUGUGGUCAUAUUUGACUAUUUUUAUUCACAAAUACGAGUGAAAUGCUUGCACUGUGAAGCCCUAAGCCACCCGCCAACGUGGCUGGUGAAAUGGACAUCUUAGCCGCAUUGCCAAAAUCUACCCGCAUUUGGCGGGUGUUUAAUUUUAGACCCUGUCAAGCAAUAAUCACCAACCAAUUUGACAGAGCUUGAAGAGUUUUGGAAAAGAUUAUGGGCAAAUGUUGCACAGUCCAGCUGUGCAAAGCUCUUAGAGGCUUACCCAGAAAGACUCACAGCUGUAGUCACUGCCAAAGGAGAUUUCUAACAUGUAUUGACUCUUAUGUAAAUUAGAUUUCUGUAUUUCAUUUAAAAUACAUUUUGCAAAAAAAAUUGCAACAUUUCCUCCAAACAUGUUUUCACUUUGCCAUUAUGGGGUACUGGAUGUAGGUGGUUGAGAAAUAAUCAAUUUUGAAUUCAGGCUGUAACAAAACAAAAUGUGGAAUAAGUCAAGGGCAGGGCUGCCCAACCCUCUUCCUGGAGAGCUACCGUCCUGUGGGUUUUCAGUCCAACCCUAAUUUAACACACCUCAUUCUACAUAUUAGCUGCUCAACAAGACCUUAACUAGCUGAAUCAGAUAUGCUAAAUUAGGGUUGGACUGAAAACCUACAGGACAGUAGAUCUCCAGGAAGAGGGUUGGGCAGCCCUGGUCAAGGGGUUUGAAUAGUUUCUGGAGGCCGUGUAUAUGGCCCAUUAUGGCGUUUGUGAGCGGCAGCGCCAUUCAGGCAAUUUUCAUUUUGAAGUUAAUUUUCUUCUACUUGUAUGAGUUGGCAAACAAAUUGAAAGGGUGCAUACUAGGCUUGGGCGGUAUACUGUAUACCGGGGUAUUUUGAAAUGGCCACGGGUAGAUUUUAUUUUAGUACAGUUAACUAUUUCUUUGAAGUUUCUCAAUACAUUUCAAUAUGUGUAGCUACCUGCAGUCAACUUGUGCAAUAGGUUAGGAGAUAAUGCAGAUUGUGUUCAUUUCAUCUGCUACAUUAUUUGACAUUAUGAAGCUUACCGUAGUUCCCCCAGAACAGUUGAGCCAGUCACGUGUUUGUUUGUAAACGGCACAACAAGAGAAAGUGAGAGCAGGUGAGUCCAGCUGUGUGUUUGGUUUAACUUGCUAGUUAUCUCAGUAAGUGGCUGAAUUAAGAUGGGGCCUCAUAUAGCGUUAGCUUUCUACCGUGUUUGAGAAGUCAAAGCUUUUUGGAUGAGUUAUCUGUCCAGCUGCCACUGCAGCUUGAUUUCCAUUUUUUUUAUCCCCUCUGUUCUCGGCCCACUCAGUCUGCUCCUCCCCUAUCUUCUCCGAGCAGAGCAGGCAGGCCCGUUGUCGUAGCGACUCGACACCGCAUGUACACAUGUUGCUCCAGAGCUGGGUGCGGUUCUUCCUUCAGACAAGCAUGCGUCAACUUUGUUCACUUGCACAAUGUCUCUCGUUCACAUUUGCUUGUAAAUGUCCAAACUCAGCAAAGAUGACAUUCAGUAGCUACUAUCUAUACUUGUAUAACUUUAUGAGCUGGGUUACCUGUCUUUGCAAUUUAGUUUAUUUUAGUUUGCUCGUUAGAAUAUUUAACUAGCAACCUCUAUGGAAAUUCGCUAUUACUUGUGCUAAUUUUGUUAGCAUUCUGGUUAGACGCCCAAUGGGCAUUUUUGCGUAUUUAGCGCCCCCUUGUGUGCUAAUACCGUAAAUACCGGGAUGAGGGAAGGACAGUGUGCCAAUAUGAAAAUCUGGAUACCGCCCAACCCCAGUGCAUCCUGCCACCUGGAGUUUUUUUUUUUUUUUGAACAGGUAUAAAUAAAGUCAAAGGUUGGCGAUUUACUGCAACCUACAGUUAUGGAAUGUUUGCUCACAAGUAUAACUAAUUGGCUGAUUCCUCCUGAUGACCCAAAUGGAAUCGUGAUCCUUCCUUAACCCACAGGAAGUCCCACCCAGUUGACUACUUUGAAAUGGUGGAAGCCCUAAAUGGCAGAGUCCAUGCUAAAACGGGUUUUAUCCAUCUAGAGUCCUCUAUAUAACUCUAUGGAUGUUCCAAGUACAGUUGAAACAGAAAAUGUCCCAUUCCUGUGUAACAUCAAUUAUAUUACAACAUUGUGUACAUCUUUGUUGUUGUUGCUACAGUUAAAUCACUUGUGAUCGACCGGCUCGAUUCGGUCUUAUGUAGCAAAGUUUUUUUUGUUUUUUUUGUUUUUUAUUUUACAUUGGAUAAAAGUAGAGACUCAGAGCUAGAAAAUGGUAUAUCAUACACUUCAGUUGCAGGACAAUGAGACACUAAUCCUGCUUUGAAGGUUGAUAAACUUUUGAGAAAAUGGUCUUUGAAUGUUUUGGCAAACAUACUGGAGAGCUCUUCUUUGUCUACACCCAUUCAGCAUCGUUCACACCCUCUUAAGCCUUAGCCCCACCCAUCUCUUUAAGGAUUUACAUGUGAGGCCAUGUGCUAAACAGAGUGAGUACGGUAGUGAACUAAACAACCAAAGAUUUCAAGACUAAAGGCUGGUUUAUACUACGUCUAUCGACAGUUGUCGCAGUGACAUCAUGAACAUUCUAUUGUCAUCCGACAAACUUGUCGUUAUGAAAAAGUAUAAACACAAAAACUACAGGCUGCAUGGUGGUCCAAAAUAGCAUAUCUAGUGUAUUUUAACACCAAUAAACCACCCGUUUUAAAAAUGAAUUUAGUAUAUGUCAAUCUAGCAAACCAGGCAACUAAAAGCAACAUUCUAAACAAUGUUUUGGUUAGUUUCUAGCUGUUAGCUAGCUAGUUAAUGUUACGUUAGCUGGCUAGCUAGUUCAAAAAAUGACCAUGUAGCUGACAAUGUCUUCACUUUAGCUCAUUUGUCUUAAUUAUUACAGGAAAAUAAACUCACAACAUGAUCAUUAUUGGUUGUGUGUGACACUAAAUAAAAGCAGGGCAUUCUACUCGAGAAUUUUAAAACUUGGACACUCGUUGGCCUAACGUUAUAUCCUAAUUUGACUUUGGUGCAGGUCAUGUUCUUCACAUUACCAUCUCUGGUAAACACACACUAUAUCAAAUAAAAUAAAAGUUUAUUUGUCACAUGCACAGGAUACAGAAGGUGUAGUGAAAUGGUUACUUGCAUAGUGGAGUCUUUUGUUUAGACCUGUAGAUAGCUCGCUAAACAAUGAACCACAAUCCCAACUCAUAACGUUACUACACUGCAUGAAUCUGCAGGUAGCUAAACAACCAGGUUCAAUGUUAGCUAGCUAGCUAACAUUAGGCUGUAACUAGCAAUGCAAAUGGCUCUGAGAUACAAAUAAUAUUACUACACCGAUCAUACACGUAACAUUAACUAGCGAGCCAGCCAGCUAACUUUAGCUAGCUAGCUAACAGUACGCUUUAACUUGAAAUAAAAAAUACUUUCUGACAAAAUGUAAACGUAUAUCUGAAAAUGUAGCUAGCUAGACUAUCUUACCCGUAUACAUGGAUGGACGCUUCUCCCUCUCUGUCACGGAUGACAUGGUUGCCCUUAGUUUGAAGAUGUAAUCCAGGACAGGUGUUUUAUACAACAGCCUUCUGUGUGUUCUCUUUUAUACUCCCUCUAUAUAUUUGCAAUCAAACGCCAGAAUUCUCUCCAUCUCCUUAGCUAUCAUACUCUAAUUCCACUGAUUUCAAAACUCGGUCCUCCAGAAUGUGGAGAGCAACACUCCAGUUCUACUACGUGAUAUCUUUCAAAAAAGCAGCGUUAGAAAGGAUUAACUACACAUACUGACCAGCUCAUGUUAUAGACAGAAGCCUGCUACAUGGCAGACCAAUCGAAACUCAUCUCUCGGCAUGUCCAGCCCAUCCAUUAUCUCAGCCAAUCAUGGCUAGCGGGAAGGUUCCUGUCUUUUUCCGUGGCUAAACCAACUAGGCUCGUAAUUUAACAAUUGUAUUCGUAUUUACAGAUGACUUACAAGUUUGUUAUUAAGGCACAUGAAAGUUCACAUGUUCCAGAAGGCAUUUCUGCCAAAAAACGCAUUUUGAUCAACAACAACAAAAAAGUUUACUUUCAAACGCCUCUCCUGUGGAGUAGCGGCGUGCGGCAUACGCCUAGUUUCCUGAAACGAAUCACAUUUAUCUCUCCUGGUUUCUUCUGCAUGUGCACAGCAACCACCACAAUGACCCUCUCUGUUACAGAUGAGGGAUCUUCUGAGUCUGACAGUCAGGAGGAAGACCCUGGCCUUGCACCCCUGCCCUCACCUUCAUCAGACGAGGAAUGGCUCCCCGAUGCUGACCUUGACCCUCAGGCGCCAUCUGCAUCUAGGUUGAAGAUACCCAGGUUAGGAAAAGCUAAUAAUUCCAUACGGAAAGCUUUUGAAAAUUAAACAGAUUCAGCGCUGUUGCUAACUAGCAUAGCUCCCCUUUUUUGUUUAGAAUUCUUCCUCAUUUAUGCAAGGAGUUAUGGGAUAUUAGAAUCCUCUUGUCUUAACCUUUUCUCUUCAACCUAGAUCUGCAUCAGACCCAGACAAACAAGACGCAGGUAGGGAUGGGGAAGAUCCAGAGGUCCAGUGUGGGGAUUCUGCAGACGCCGCCCACCAGGGGCCCCUCAUCUGUUCCCAUUGUGGAAAAUGUUUCAAGGAGAAAUGGUAUCUGACGAGACACAUUCAGUCCCAUACAAAGUCCUACAGAUGCUCUCAUUGUGGGAAAGGUUUUAAUCUGGCUAAACAGCUUGCGAAACAUUCAAUUAAACACCUAGAGAACACCUUCAGCUGUACCGAUUGCGAUGCAGUGUUUCGCCAGAAAUGCACUUUGCAGUCUCACAAAAAACGUCACAAAACGGAGAAAACGGUCACAUGCGCGGUUUGUGAAAAAAGGUUUGUAGGGGAAAGGCACAAGUGCAUUGUAAAAAGGAGGACAUUCAGCUGCUCUUCCUGCCCAAAGGUCUUAAAGACCAGAGAAGGAUUGUCUUAUCACCAGGGAACACACUCCGGGGAGAGGAAGUAUUGCUGUGAAACAUGUGGCAAAACAUUUUUCACCGCAGUGUCCUUAAAAACCCAUAUGAUGACUCAUAAAGAAAAGGAUCGUAGCUGUACUGUGUGUGGCCAACCUUUCAACAAUGGACAUGCUCUCAGAAAGCACAUGGUAGCCAGCCAUCCUGGAGAAACGCCGGAGAAACGCUUCGUCUGCGACGUGUGCGGCAAAUGUUUCGCCAAGAGAGACCAUCUGUAUAAACACAUGAGGAGACACAAGGAAGAAAAACCUUUUUCUUGCGACGUUUGCGGCAAGAAGUUUCAUUCUUCGGGUAAUUGCAAAAGACACGAGAUAACGCACACGGGUGAGAAAUUGUAUCACUGUGACCUUUGUGGUAAAAGUUUCACCCAGUCCGGAACCCUGACCAUACAUAAACUAAACACGCACACAGAC